GGCGGAGCCCGGCGCGCGGCCCCGGGCCGCACGUGCGCAGCCGGGAGGCGGAGCCAGGCGCGCGGGUCGGUGCAGCGCGGCGCGCCAUGGCGGAGCGCGGCGGCGACGGCGGCGCUCGCCCGUGGGCCCCCGAGGACGCCUGGAUCGGCAGCCACCCCAAGUAUUUGGAGAUGAUGGAGUUGGAUGCGGGAGACGCCACGCAAGUGUACGCAGCGUUCUUGGUUUUCCUGGACCUCAUGGAGAGUAAAAGUUGGCAUGAAGUGAACUGCGUGGGACUGCCAGAGCUGCAGCUCAUCUGCCUGGUCGGCACGGAGAUAGAAGGGGAGGGCUUGCAGACCAUUGUGCCCACGCCCGUCACAGCCUCCCUCAGCCACAACAGGAUCAGGGAGAUCUUGCAGGCAUCUCGGAAGCUGCGAGGAGAUCCGGAUUUGCCGAUGUCCUUUACCUUGGCCAUCGUGGAGUCCGACUCGACGAUCGUCUAUUACAGACUGACGGAUGGGUUCACGCUGCCAGACCCCCAGAACGUCCCCCUAAGGAGAUGACGCCUGCGCUCCCGACACAAGACCGCGAGACCCGUCGGCUGCUGCCUCUUGGACCUGCGACAGGCGGGGUCGCCCGGCUGGUCCCGCAGAACACAGCCUUCCCAGGCCGGGUUUUGUGUCGGGGAACUGGAGCAGUUGCUGGAGACUCAGCAGGGACAGUGACCCACGUCUGCGUGCAGGGCCGCCAGGCUGUUCUGAGGCUGUUCUGAGGCCGGCGCCUGUCCCUGCUUCCGACGGUGGGGUGGAGGGCGUUCUAAACCCCGACCCCUGCAGAGUCUGCUCCUGUCUGCGUCUUCAUCCCUCGUAGAAGGGAAAGACCCUCGCCUGUGGUUCUCCCACUGCAGUGCCUGCCACUCGCCUCUUGGGCCGACAGAGCUGGACGUGCACCCAUGCAGAGAGCGGGUUUGCGGCUGGACCCACAGGCUGGGGCGCUGCCGGCCAGGGCACACAGCCUCCCACCUGUCCUUGCCACCGCCCUGUUGUCAGCUGGAGCGGCACCAGGGAGGUGGAGAGGUGGGGCUAGCCUUAGCAAUGGCGUGGAGGUGGGGCUAGCCUUAGCAAUGUUGCAGAGGUGGGGCUAGCCUUAGCAAUGUCAUGGAGGUGGGGCUGUCCUGAGCAAUGUCACUGAGGUAGGCUAGCCUGAGCAAUGUCACAGAGGUGGGGCUAGCCUUAGCAAUGUCACGGAGGUGGGCUAGCCUGAGCAAUGUCACGGAGAUAGGCUAGCCUUAGCGAUGUCACGGAGGUGGGCUAGCCUGAGCAAUGUCACGGAGAUAGGCUAGCCUUAGCGAUGUCACGGAGGUGGGCUGGCCUGAGCAAUGUCGUGGAGGUGGGGCUAGCCUUAGCGAUGUUGUGGAGGUGGGCUAGCCUGAGUGAUGUCGCGUUGCCAGGCCAUCAGGCCAGUUCGGUUCCAGCCCCGGUCCAGGCGGCCGACACAGGAACACUCGAGGUCCUGGGUGGACCACCGUAGUAGCUCAGGUCGUGAGCUGCUUACAGACAAGGCAGGAGGCAGUGGGCCUCCUUGGAAAUCCAGGAAGUGCACGUCGGCCGCGCAGGCCGUCCCGUCUGCCGUGACUCCGGGCACUGCCGCCAUGGCGUGGAGGCAGCUGCAGUAGCCACGCAUGGCCGUGGUCCACUAGAACCGCACUCCAGUGGGCGUGGUUUGCCCAUCUGCAGGCAGGUGCGUGUGAAGGGCGGAUGUGCUCGCCGAUAGCGGUAAUGCCAGUGAAAACGUGGGGGGGGGGCAGUGCUCCACGAAGUGAGAACCGAGGCUCGGGGCGCCGCGGGCGAUGGCGCUGCAGACAUGCGGCGCCGGCGAGGCACAGCGCUGACCGGAGGGUGCGGGGGUGGGUCCUCUUUCCCCGAUGUCUCAGUCUCUCUGUACUACUUUUAUAAUAAAAACGCUUCACAUGGA